AUGAUGGAUCACCCGAGCAUCGUGAAGCUCUUUGAGGUCUUCGAGGACGACAAGAAUGUCUACAUGGUUAUGGAGCUUUGUCGGGAUGGAGAUCUCGAGGAGCACGUCCAGGAGGGCGGUGUAGAUGAGCUGGACGCGGCAACCGUGAUGCAGCAGAUUCUGCGCGGGGUGGCCUACAUGCACAAUCAGAAGAUCUGUCAUCGGGAUCUGAAAGCGGAGAACAUGCUGCUGGUGAUGCGGCCGGUGCCAAAGGCAGCGAAGCAUCCCCACUCUAAGUUUGAGAGCGCUAUCCGGAUCUCGGACUUCGGGUUAUCCUGUACAUAUGAGGAUGGGCAAAUGAUGAAGCGGAAUUGCGGCACCGACAGCCACAAGUCUCCCCAGGUCUUCGGCCACAACUACAACUACAAGUGUGACGUGUGGGCCUGUGGCGUCAUCAUGUACUUCCUCUUGAGCGGAAGCUUACCUUUCGAGGGCAGAGAUGCCGAGGAACUGCAAAAGAAGAUCUGCGCCGCCAAAGUUACAUGGUGCCAGGAGUGGAUGUCGCGAUCCGGUGAGGCCAUGAACCUGGCCCGACAGCUUCUUAACUCCAACGAGGCUGUCAGGAUCGAGGCCGCACAGGCGUUGAAGCACAAGUGGUUCACCAAGAGGGUCCCUCGCCGAAGACUGGCAGCUGUGGACGAGGAGAUUAUCAACAGUCUCCGCGGCUUCCGAAAACUCAACAAGUUCCGGAAGGCCUCCUUGGCAGUCAUUGCCAGCAUGCUGCCCGAGAAAGUCAUCCGCCCGGGUCGAGACCUGUUUAUUUAUCUCGACAAAGAUGGCGAUGGCGAGGUCACGCUGACGGAGUUGCGGGAGGCCAUGGAGGACUUGAAAACGAACAAGCCGAAAGACGCGGGACGCGUGUCAGAGGACAUCUUCUCUGAGAAGAAGAGCACCGUGCCAAAGGCACAGAAGCAGGAGGAGCCGGAGGCUGCGACUGCGAAGUCAGCUGCAAAGCCAGCUGCAAAGGCGUCCACCAAACCAGCUGCAAAGUCGGCUGCAAAGACAGGCCAGGGAGGCCAGGGAGGUCAGGGUAAGGAGAAGUUGGAAGAGAAGCCAACUGCCCAGCCAGCAGCCGCAGCACCCGCCGCAGCCGCAGCGCCGGCACCGGCGGUUCCUGCGGCUGAAGCCCAGAAGGCGAUGCUGCGUUCGCAGCCGUCUUUCCAGUUGGACCAAGAGUUCCCGGCCUUCAGCUACACGGAGUUCGUUGCCGCCACCUUCGAUCGAAGCCGGCACUCCACCGAAGCGGUGUGUCGUGCAGCCUUUCGAUGCUUCGACAAGGACAACUCCGGCCAGUUGGAGCCGGCUGAGCUUGUUGAUGGCUACCUCCUUGGGAAGCUUGAGCCUCACGAGGUGGAUCAGAUCAUGGAAGAGCUAGAUGAAAACGGUGAUGGCGAGAUUGACUUCCAAGAGUUCAUGGCCAUGAUGACACAUCAGGAGUCUCCCACCAUGUCUCCAAAGAGCAAUCCUUCCCCUGCGAAAGCAAAGGACUCGGGAUGA